GUCGUCGUGAGAGCCAUGGUAUACCGACUGCGGGUUUUAUGUAUCUAUCGAUCGUAAUAUCGAAGUUUGACGGUGAUUAAAUUAUUUCUCAAGAUACUUUGUGAUUUUUUUUUGGACAACAAUCAUUCAGUCUUUUUGCUAAUAUUUGCUAAUUAUCGAUUUGGAGUUGCACGCUGCCGUUUUAGAGACCAUUAUGACUUACUUUUAUAUUGUGAUUGUAUUUGUGAUAAAAAUUAUUGUAUAACAGAUUCUUCAAUCUAUCUCUUACUGGAUUCUUUGCUCGCUGAAUUUCGAAGGAUUUGCUCUACGCAAAACCUGCAUUUGAGAGGAAAGUUCACUCAUUAGAGAUAUUCAAAUUAAGCGAAAUAAGCGCCAUUUAUCUAUCGAGAAAACUGCGAGGAGCACAAUUUUAAAUUCGGUGUCAACAAUCUAUUAUCCUAGUAUUCUAAAAGAAGCGCAUUUGUGACAGAAUUUAAAUGCGCGAGCGAUAAAAGGAAAAGUUGGAGAAGGAAGAUUGAAGAAGUUUCUCAAAACCUGAGUGCAUGUACUGUAGAGGGAGAAGGGAACUGAAGGUAGAAAUUGCAGACUGGCGUUAUUCUCGAGCAAAGUGUAUCCAGCGCAUCAUAGGUCAUGGAUUUAUAUAAUAAAGUCUCAAAGGAAAACGCAACUUAAUAUUUUCUCUGUUUAUGAAGGAAGACAUUGAACUUAUUGUUAUCACGCGUUCUGUGAAUGAUUCAUUAGUAACUGAGGUAUUUUCAUAUUCAUCAACAUACAGAAGCCAUUGGAGAACUCGUUGCAGAAUCAACUGAGAUAAUAUGUAUUUUUCUUCAUUGCAAGAAGAUUCUCUCAAUUACGAAGAAAAAGGGACUGUGUUCCAUUUCAUGUGAUUUUUUUAUCAGCAACCUCCUAAAUUACUGUGAUUUAAAUCGAUUAUUGUAAAAGGCAGACCAAUACAGGAUUUACAGAAUCGAUAGAAACAAUAUAUAGUCACCGUAUUUUUAAUUAGAGCGAAAUAAUCUCUUUUUCUUUGCGAAAAACGAACUACAUUGCACUUAACGCUCUGUUUUAUGCGAAUAAUUCACUGUAAUAAAGCAACGAAUCGAUAUUAAUUACUAACUGACUACACAUGAGCCAAACAACGUUUAUGUUGAACAUAUAAAUUAUUCUCAUGUUAUAUUCUGCGAUUAUCAACAAAAAGUUCUUUUAAGUCUGAACGCUAAAUUUAGUCUAAAAGAGAAGCAGCUGCUAAGUCAAUUGCUCGAUCAAGGGAAAUCGAAGAGACGGUGAUAACUAUAGAAUAAGCGAAGCAACGGAGAGUGAAAAAGGGAAAGUAAGAAAGAGAUAGACCGAUAGAGCAAAAAAAAAAAGGAAAACGACACUACAACCGAUAGCAAACCGAUUUAGCAGGUGUGCACAUAUUCCAAGAAAAAGAUAAAGAAAAGAACAGGAACGGUUACUUUAAAGUAACAAGGAAAAAAGAAAGACGACACAGAAAAGAAGACCGAACGAAAUAAAUAAAGAAGAAAAACGACGAUUGAUAAAAUUUAAAAAAACAAGAAAGAAAGCGGAGUAAGAUCAGAUCAAUAGAAGCAAAAAAGUAUCCUUCUCGAAAUUUCAAAAUGAAUAAAAAUAUUCUGACAAUUUCGCAGACUAAGAAUUUUUUUGAUGAGGAAGCUAUCUUGAAGAAGGUACAAUGGCGCAAUCUCAUAGCAUUCUGGAUCCUAGGUUUAUGCAACAAUUACGGCUAUGUCGUGAUGCUCAGCGCGGCUCACGACAUUUUACAGAGCAAAUUCGGUGAGCAAAAUGACACAUCAAGUAUAAACGACAUGAAUGACGAAACAUCGACGAACACGACUCGUACAUGCAACACGGUUUCAACCGGUGCCAUACUUUUGGCAGACAUUCUGCCAGCAUUAGCAAUCAAGAUCACGGCGCCAUUUCUACCAUUUCUAGUACAUGCUCGACUGGCUACCUGUGUGUUAUUUUCCGCUGCAGGAUUCCUCAUGGUGUCGUUGAGUACUACUGAAUGGAUCGCCAUUAUGGGCGUCGUUAUAACAUCACUUUCCUCCGGCUUAGGUGAAGUUACUCUUCUCAGUUACAGUAAUCAGUUCUCCAAGCAAGUGAUCUCGACAUGGUCAUCGGGCACGGGUGGCGCCGGGGUAAUCGGCGCUGUAUCUUACGCUGGGCUCACCUUGGUACUAUCUAUCGAGAAUACAUUGCUAGUCAUGUUGGUCGUGCCAUUUUUGCAAGCGGUCACGUUCUGGGUUAUCCUCAAACACCCGACGCACAUCAGAAUACCAAUCACUAAGAACGGCAUUGAUAGUCAAGAACAAAUCAUCAAGAUCCCUGAAAAGAGUUUCAGGGAUAAGAUUAAUUUAGUGCCUGGCUUACUGAAGUACAUGAUACCACUUGGGCUCGUUUACCUAUUUGAAUACUUCAUUAAUCAAGGCUUGUACGAGCUUGUCGAAUUCAAAGAUAUUUGGUUGACACAUUCCGAACAAUACAGAUGGCUUCAAGUGGAUUACCAAAUUGGUGUAUUUAUCUCGAGGUCGUCGGUGAACCUGGUCACCAUUAAUAAAAUUUGGAUUAUGUCCGUAUUGCAGUUCUUUAACGUUAUUCUCUUUUUCUUCGAGACUCUCUAUUAUUACAUACCAAAUAUAUGGAUCGUUUUUGCUCUUGUAUUGUGGGAAGGUCUGCUUGGCGGUGGAGCGUAUGUGAACACAUUCUAUCGAAUGUCGACCGAGAUUCCGAAGGUGGAUCGUGAAGCUUCUUUGGGAAUUGCGACGAUGGCAGAUUCUAUCGGGAUUGCGUUGGCCGGUUGGCUGUCCAUGCCUGUUCACAAUGCCAUUUGUAAAUUACCGCAACCGACGCGAUUAGGUAGUUAAAAAUAUCGUAGUGGUUCGUCUGCUACUGAGUGAUAACAAAGUUUCCGUAGAAACUUACUUUUAAAAGUUUCUCAACAUAACAUGCCAGUAAUUAGCGGCGAAUAUGAGGCAUUUCUUUUAUUAAUUUAACGAUUGUAUAUAGGUCAAAUGUAUGUAAUUAUUUAAUCGCGCGUUCGCAGAUCAUAAAAUUAUUAACGUUCCAGUUCGGUUAAACUUUUAACUUUGUGGGAGUAUUCGAAUCUAUGAAAUUUUGAGGAAAUAUUAAUAAAGCAAACGUUCAGAAUGCAGGCGGCACGGUGAUAAAUUUUUAUAUAGUUUACCAUUUUUAAUAUAUUUUAUAAAUAUUGAUAUUUAUUAUUAGAUUUUUCUAAAUAAUAUUUUUAAAGUCAUGACCGUCAUUCGCAGAAAUAUUGUAGAUUCAUUAUAAGCGCUUUCUAAGCAGUUUGGAUUACAAUGUAUUACAAUUACAAAUAUCCGAGCUUUAUUCGGUACAAACGUUUAAAAGAUUAGGAACAGAGCAUAUUGCAGUACAUUGUGUGUCGCAUAUUAAAUAUAUAUAUAAUAUAUAUAGGCGUCGUAACAUAUAAUACACGAAUACCAUCUGUGUUUUCGCUGCGGAACGAAAGAAUUUCUUUCUCUCUUUCGGAAUAACUGUACCUAGAUUUUGCUGUACUAUAGAUCUAUUUAUUUCACGAUAUGCGUAUAAAUUUUGAAAAUUGUACUGUAAAUCUAUAUUUCUUCUAUAAUAAUAUCUAAAUUUUGACUUGUACUGUAGUCUUGUUUAGUGCUGAUAUUAUAGAGAUAUAUUCUGAGAUUACUAUUAGUUGUUGAUCUUUAUAUCGUUACCAUAAUAUUUCUGAUUUUGUUGCGAUGAAACGAGAUACGCAAGUAUUUUCGUGCGUCCUCAAGAUUCCGCAUUGUCGAGAAUCGCUCGUUGAUUUGAGGAUAUCUCAGUAUUAAUAGCUACUGUAACGAAUUGACCUCAUCGAUUAAUUAGAAAUAAUAACGCACUUGGAUUACACCAUCUUCUUACUCACUCCUGUGAUUAGAUAUAAAAAUUACUAGGUUCGAACUACCACAUUUCUACUUUGAUAUAUUGAUAUAUCUAUUAUUAAGAUUAUUCUUACAUUUUUUGAUUAAAAGAUGUGAUUCUAAGUAUUAUAGAUAUAUACGUCGAUUUUAAUAAAGUGACUUAGAAUUGUCAGGAUAA